AUGUCAUACCCAUCCAUCAUCUCACAACCAGGUUCAGCAGAACGAAACCUUUUUCCAAUUCUUGAAGCUUUAAAACCUCUUCUUUCUUUUCAAGAUCUUGUUUCAUCCCCCGAGCUCCCCAUAUCUCCCCUUCAUACCACCCACAUAGAGUCUAGUCACAAUACUGAAGAAUCUGGACCUUCGACAAGUUCUUUCAAUCUGGAUACCAUAAAUAAAACAAGAUCGUCAUUGCGGAAUCACGAUUUAUCACGGACGUCAGGAACAAAGCAAGAUGAGGAGAGAAAGAAGAGGAAACUAUUAGAGAUAGCUUCAGGUGAACAUAUACCUUUUCUAGCUAAGAUAUGGGGACAAGUUGAAUGGUAUGGUUCAGUAAGAGAUAUAGUUGAAUUGAGAAAAUUGGAAUCAUACCUCGCACAUCAUGGGGAUAUUCCAAACCUUUUACCGAUCCGGAUACUAGAUAUCAGUUCUGAACACCAUUGGGAGGGUUUAAGAGAUGAUCUUCAAGGAGAGAUGUUUGAAGGUGUUUUAAUCAUAAACUUGAUUCAUUGUCUUCCACCUGAAUCACCUGAAAAUAUAUUCCGCCAACUCUCUCCCUUUACACAACCUAGACUUCUAGGACCAUUCGGUUGGAUAUCGGUAUAUGGACCUUGGUUAACUGACGACGGUCUGUUCAGAUCGGAAAAUGACGAAAAGUUCGACCGUACACACCUCAAAUCUCAACACCCAUCCCUCGGUCUUCGCUCCAUCACUUCCAUCGAUACUCUCGCACGGAAAUGGGGUUUUGGACCGAGCGAAAGACGUGAGAUGCCUUCUGGUAAUACUUGGGUGGUCUGGCGAGCUGGAUGUUGA